AUGUCGCAUUGUUUGGCAUCUUGGCGGGAGGUGAAAGACAAUGCAAUUGUGGCAGCCUUGUUGGAGACCUGGCAGCUGGCCGGAGAGGAGCCAAAAGUGGUGAAUGGAUCCAGUCCCAAUCCCUGCCGUGUGGCAGCGGAGAGGCCGGUCUAUCGCAACAAGGGCGUGGGCAAAGGGAAGCACGGAGGCAAGAAUGCAGGACAUGCUGCCUGGCUGCUGGGUUUGGAUGAGCCUCCUGAACCGCUGCGGGAGCCAAUGCAUCCGCCAACAGAGCCAGCUGAGCAAGCCGAAUUACCUGCGCCGGAGCCGGUGUCCAAACCAGAGCAGGUGUCCGUGACCCAAGGUCGACAGCAUGAAGAGAGUGCGGUGGAAUCGCGCACUGAAGAGUCCAGUGUGGAGUCCAAGGAGCAUGAAGAGACGCGGAUGAUUUGCGAGAUUGAUCCUGCAGAGAUUGUAGAGAAGCUGAUCGAGGCCGUUGAGAAUAUGGACGCAGACGAGGUGGAGAGACUUUUGGAAGCCGGCCUCAAACCCUAUCUCAACAAAUCCAUAGAUGGGAGCGGCCAUACACUUUUAGACAAGUUUGCGGCGGAGCAUUCCACAAUGUUGAAGGAGGCGUUGCAUCACAAAGAGUCAGCAGCGGCUUCCACUCGCCAUUUGUUGGAGAUGCAAGAGUCUGCCGCGCAGACCUUACGAGUGCUCCUGGAUCACGGUGCUGUCCUCUCUGCCAACAUCAACAAGAGUUGA